CGGCUUUUUGCACCAGGUCCAGCGACCCCAUGUCCAGCGCAUCUGAGAAACAUCAUCAUCACGCGGCCGACUCCGGCAGCGAGAGACACCCGGACUCCCUGGUGAACAACGAUGGUGCCGAGAAGGCUCUUCCCGUCGAUGGAGACGCUGGUAACCACAGGCACGUCUCGGAAGCGCAACACACUUCACCAUCAUCAUCGCCUGCACAGCAACCUGCCGCCGCGCCAGCUGCUCCAGGCCCAGUACCAAAUGGAGGCGUCCAGGCUUGGCUUCAGGUGCUCGGAGGAUGGAUGUUGUUCUUCAAUACAUGGGGCAUCCUAAACACAUUUGGCGUAUUCCAAACAUACUACGAAAGCGGCGCCCUGUUCACAGAGACCUCGUCGAACAUAUCAUGGAUUGGCAGUAUUCAAGCAUUCAUGGUGCUGGUGGUCGGGGCUUUUGUCGGACCCAUCUAUGAUCGAGGGCAUCUGCGAGCUCUCCUCCUGCUCGGCUCAUUCAUGGUUGUAUUCGGCUUUAUGAUGCUCAGUCUAUGCACGGAAUUCUGGCAAUGCCUGCUCGCUCAAGGCUUUGUCGUUGGCAUCGGCGGCGGGUGUCUCUUCGUACCAUCUGUCGCCAUUCUGCCUACCUACUUCUCCACCAAAAUUGGCGCCGCCAUCGGAAUCGCUGCAUCGGGAAGUUCUAUGGGAGGCAUCAUCUACCCCAUCAUGUUCUACCAGCUGAUCAACGUCGACCGCAUUGGUUUUGGAUGGAGUGUCAGGAUUCUUGGAUUCACUGCUCUUGCUACUCUUCUCAUCCCCAUCUUCAUCCUCCGACAGAGAGUAAAGCCACCGAAGCCUCGCUCUCUGAUUGACUGGACGGCUUUUAAAGACGUACCAUAUAUGGUCUUCGUCUUCGGAACCUUAAUAGGCUUCAUCGGCCUCUAUGUCGGAUUCUUCUACAUCUCGUACUACGGCCAGGCCAGAGGCUACACGAACGAGAGCCUUUCCUUCUACUUAGUCCCCAUCCUGAACGCCGGCUCUGUCUUUGGCCGAACAAUCCCUAAUAUCCUAGCCGACAAAGUUGGUCCUGCAAACGUCAUCACUCCAGGCGCUCUCAUCGUGGGUAUUGUACUCCUCUGCUUCAUGGCCGUCCACAAUGCCGGCGGCAUCAUCGUCACCACCCUUCUCUUCGGCUUCUUCUCCGGCAUCUUCAUUGCGCUGCCGCCCGUCCUGUUUGUGGCCCUUACGACAGAUAAAUCCAAAGUCGGCACACGUAUCGGAAUGGGAUUCGCUUUCGUCGGUCUUGGUGUGCUUGCAGGAGGCCCCGGUGGUGGUGCCAUUCUGGGCACUGGCUCCGGCAACCCGGCCGACUUGCACUGGACCGGCGCGUGGACAUAUGCUGGAGUCAUGUCGAUAGGAUCCAGUAUUAUCUUCAUUGCCGUAAGAAUUAUGAUCGGAGGGACAAAGCUUGGGGUGAAAUGUUGAAGACAUCGACAGAUUGUGCUUACAACAGAAAAGCAUGGCAUUGUAAGUAAUAACAGCGAAGCGGCAUAGAUGAUGGUUUUGUAGAGUUGCGAAGAUGUCUGGGGUAAUAUUCUACGAAUUGAUUGAC